AUGCGGCGCUUGCCCUCGUCGCGCUUUAACGUCAAGCCCGGUUCUUCCUCCUCUUCUUCCACCUCGACCAAGCGGCCGACACCCACGGCCGGUGCCAACACCGAGCGCGUGCAGAUUCAGUUUCAAGAUGACGACGACUUCCUCGGGACCGACAGCGGCGACGACGCCAUCGACAUCGGCCUCGACCACCGCACGCGGCGGCCCGCUGCUGCUGCCGCCAGGGCCGGCACCUCCAGCACUGCACCGGGGCGCCGCUCAGUGAGCAAGGCCGCGGCCACGUCACCGCCGAACGCCAGGGCUGCACGAGGAGAGACCGCCGCCGCCGCCCGCUCGACAACGUCGUCGUCGUCGUCGCGCUCGAGCUCAGUGUCGAACAGUGCGCGAAGGCGGUGGCAAGUGGAGGAAAAGAAUGAAGAAGAAGAGAGCGAAGAAGACGACGACGACGAUGAGGGCGAAGAGGAUCUGGAAGAAGAGGAGGAGCAGCCGCGCGCGAAGAAGGUGACGACGGCCAAGGCGCCGUCUGCACGACGCCGCAUCCUUUCGGACGACGAUGAAGCCGAAGGAGAAGAAGAGGGCGAGGAGAAGGACAUAUUCGAGUUCUAUCUGCCAUCACACAACGGCAAGGGACGACCCCUCCAAGUCGACGUCUUCGACUUCUUCGAUUUCCCUCCGAUCCUCCGCUCAAUCCUUGCGCACAGCCGCUUCUUCUUCUUCUUCACAGACAACGUCUUCUUCGUCAUCAGCCCGAAGCAAAACGGCCGCCUCUUCUUCCUCUUCGACUUCUCAUUCUUCAUCUCGAGCCGCCAAGCCCACUUCGUCGAAGACAUCGUCUUCUUCCACAGCCGCCGCCGCCGCCAAGAUACUCGGAAGCCUGCGGUGGCGGCCAAGGUGGAGAUCGAGAUCGACACGGACGACGACGACGAAGCGGAAGACGAUGACGACGACGACUUUGCCAAGCCCUCGCCGACCACGACAACGCCGUCGUCGGCAAACAGCGGCGGCAGCAAAAGCAUGUGGCUCUCCCCCAAGCGAGCCGCGGGCAAGUUCACUCAGUACACCCGCGCGGCCGCUGCCCCUACCACCACCACCACCUCGUCGUCGUCGUCGACGACCUCUGCCAAGGCGGGCUCGCACAAGCGGCCCUAUGCCGUCAUGUCCUCAUCUUCAUCUUCAUCAUCGUCAUCGUCUUCUUCAUCAUCGAAGCGGCGUGCCAAAACCGCCAAGCUGUCACCGGGCGCUGCCACCGAGGGCGGCCGUCUGUGGUCCGACAAAUACGAUCCCACGAGCGAGGACGACCUGGCGGUGUAUCCGAAACGGGUGGCCGAGGUGCGCGAUUGGCUCAAACACGCGCUGGCGGGCAGGGGCGGCCGCAUCCUGUGCCUCACCGGCCCAUCCGGCGGCGGCAAAACGUUGAACGUGGGCAUCACCGAAUGGAUCAACCCGGCCACCUGUCCCUGGACCGACUCUGACCGCAAGCUGGCGCUUCCGUACACGGCGCCCAUUCAGGAGUUCCGUGCGUUCCUGCAGCGCACGGAGCGCUAUCCGUCCCUCGUCACCACCACCACCGGCACCAACGCGCCCACCGCCGACAGCGACCUGAGCGGCAACCAAGCCAAGCGCCUCAUCUUGAUCGAAGAUCUGCCCUUCCUCGGCCACCUCCCCGCCCUACGCACGUUCCAGGACCUGCUGCUGCACCACCUGCGUACGCCGGGCCCUCGCUUCCCGCUGGUGCUGAUCAUCAGCGACGACUCGCUGGGCAAUUCGCCGCUCUUCCGCCUCCUGCCCCAGGAGAUCAUGUCCCACCCGGCCUUCCGUCAGAUCAAAAUUGCGGGAGUGGCGCCGACGCGGGCGGCCAAGGUGCUGGCGAAGAUAGCGGGCCUCGAGGGGUGGAAGGGCGCCGGGAAGGCGGCGCGCGGGAAGGCCACGGGCGUCAACACGCUGGCCAAGGUCUGCGGCGGCGACCUGCGGUCGGCCAUUAACGCCCUCCAGCUCCUCUCCGGACCCGGCGGGACCCUCACUGACCAGGCCGCCGACUCGACCCAGCGCGACGUACCGCUGUCCCUGUUUCACGCUCUCGGCAAGGUGCUCCAUAACAAGCGGGGCGAUGAUGGGCUGCCGGAGAAUGAGGUGGAGCAGGUGAUCGAGCAGGCGGGCGUCGAGCCGGCGCGCUUCACCGAGUUCGUGCACGAAAACUACCCGGGCUUCAUGGCCGACGACAUCGACGCCGCCUCCGCCGCGCUCGAAUACCUCUCAGACGCCGACACCCUCCAGGCCGCGUGGGAGGCACGCGAGGACACGUCGCCGAUGGCGGGAGCGCUGUGGUCCCGCGGGCUCAUGUACGCGUCGCGCAACUCGCUCGCGCCGGGCGGCUCGCACGGCUACCGGCCCCUGUUCAAGCCGCGACUCUACGCUGCGACGGCCGGGCAGAGCAGCACCGCGCACCCGGGUGGUUUCGCGUGGCUGUCGGAGUUCUGUUCGUACUCGCGCGCCAGUCUGGCUCCGCCGCAGGCGCUGCGGGAGGACGAAGUGGCCGAGCUUCCCGCGCUCGAGGGCGACUUCCCGGACGCCGACCACGCCGCAGAGCACGAGGAGGACGGCAGUGAGAAGCCGCCAGCGAAAGAGGCGGCGGACGAGGGCAACGCGGUGCAGGCGGAAGGAGGCCAGAAGCGACCAUCGCAGCCGCCACUGAGUCGACCGACGCAAGGCGCCCGCGCACCACCGCCACAGUCGGGAGGAGCCACGGCUGGUGGCGGACGGGUGGGCAGUGGCGGCUCGCUGCGACCACCGCCUCCACGAGCAUGGGGACAUCGGCACCAAUCGACGCCGCCGUCGGCGCCUUCUUCGCCUAUCGACCCCGUUCUCAUGGAGGACGACAUCACCGAUUUUUGA